AUGCCCCCAAACCUUGACUCGGGCUGGUCUGCGCGAGAAGUCAAAUACGCAGAGCUUGCCACCAUCAAAGUUGGACGAGGCAAAGACUCGGGCACGACACACUCGUUUAACGGGCACGCAGUGGGUGCCGAGACGAACUUGACGACGACGCCCCGUGCAGUGCGCAAUAUGAGGGCAUGUCGAGGCAUCUUCUCCUGGACCGUUUUCGUCGGCGGACUGCCCCAACUUCUCGCCGCCGCGGCCAUGGGGAGUACGGAGGGAACCUUUUCGACGCCGACGGAGCUCCCGAUGCGAGCGAGGUCGAACAGGCUCAUCCCCGUCGUCGUCGGGGGGCCGCAGGAUCUCUUCGUGCCCAACGUCAUCCGAGGGGCAAAGCCGGGCGAUGUCGUGCAGUUUCAAUUCAGCAACGGCAACCAUACGGUGACGGAGAGUGCCGAGAACGCGGCAUGCCAACCGCUCCAGGCGCAAAGGGCCGAGGCCAUACAUAGCGGUCACGUACCCUUCCGGGACGGCCAGACCGAGGUAGGGACCUUUACCAUGCCCGUCACGAGGUCGGAGCCCAUGUUUCUAUACUGCGCCACCGGCCCUCACUGCCAGACGGGCCAGGUGAUGGUGAUCAACCCCACGAGCGACGACCAACUCAUCAAGUACGCCAAGCUGAGCAUGGGGGCAAAGGAAAACGUCGAUGGCGGUGCUGUCUCCGGCGGCUUUGUGGGGAAGAUCCCCUUGCAGGAUGCGGCCUUCACCCCAGCGCCGGCCGAGAAAGACGGGGCGGGGCCUCCGGCCGAGGCGCCGGCCACGGAGCGGUCGGCAAUCAACGAAACCAGCCAGGCCACGACGCUUGGCAGGGUCAAACGGGCGUCGGCAUCACACCGUUAG